GCUGGGAGCGAGCCUAGGGGUGAGGAGGGAAGUUCCACCAUGAGGACGUGCGGUGUAGGAGACAAGGGACCCGGGAGAAGCGGACGGAGAUUGAGCCUGAGCGCCCUGAGAACACCUGGGCGACACAGAAGCUCGAGACUGGCAGGAAUGGGAGUCACGAAAAGAAGCUUGGAGAAGCUGAGGGACCGAGAGACGAGGAGGAAGAGAGAGGACGGAAGCCGCAGACUGGGGCGUUGGGGGGCAGGGAGCUAAUGGGGUCCCCCGAGGGCGCCUCCCAGAGGCUGCAGAGAAAUGGGGUCGCACCGUGAACUUGGGGGGUGGGGGGGAAGCCACCGAACAGAAGUAGACAAACGGAGGAACAAGACUCUCUUUGACCUUAGAAUGUUACUUUACCAGCCAAUAUGGGUUUACUUGGGGGAUAACCGCGACUUGCAGUCUGGGACAAGCCAGCUACAGCAAAAAUCAUUGGCGAGUACAAUUAAAGAGAAGAUAAUUUUAUGGAGAAAGAGGAGGAAGUUGGGAGGGGUUGUUUUGAAUGGAAAGUCGGUUGGAAGAGAGCAAGAGUUCAGGGUGUUGAUGGUUUCUCCCUGGCCGAGUUGUGGGGUGGUCGUUUUCUUGUAGGAGAUGCAGCUGUACCUCCUUCCCUGUUGCCACCUGUAAUUGAUGAUUCUUUCCUGCUGGUAGCUCUUUUGGAGCCUCUAAUUGACAGUUCCAGUACUGACUUCAGGUGGUACCCACAUAGAGCUCUCAUCCUUCCAGCCUUCUAGCUCCAUCUUAGUGAGAUUUCUCUUCGUUAAUGGAGACUGACAGAUGCAGAGAGACGGAGGCAGUGGAAUAGGGAGAACCUGGCAAAAGCUGAUGGGGGGACUGAGAAAGGGGAAGAGCCCCGGAAGGAAAGAGACUUGGAGAGGAAGCCGGAUGUAGGAAGUGAGUGAGAUGGAUGGGAGCUGGGUGAUUUGGGCAGACCGAUGAAGAGAGCCGUCCGGAGUGUGGAGACAUGGGGCUUAGGGGAGAGCGAGUGCAUUUGGUAAGCUUGGAGAGCAAAGAGAACUGAAAAGACACUCUCAAGUUUAAAAAUGGGGAGAUAAAGCCAGACCACGGAGACUCACGCUAAGAUGAAGAGGAAUAAAUGGGAGCCUGACUCCCUAGAUUUGAAUUCCUUGUCACACUGUGUACUUAACCUGUCGUUCGCUCAACAACAAGGAGUGAUGAUAGCACCUUUUUUUUUUUUCUUUAAGAUUUAUUUAUUUUAGAGAAGGGGGCAGGGAUAGAGGGAGAGGGAAAGAGAGAGCCUCCAGUAACGUGGAGCUUGAUUUCACGACCCUCAGAUCAUGACCUUAAUUGAAACCAAGAGACGCUUAACUGGCUUAACUGGCUCUACCACCCAGGUGCCCCUUUUUAACACGAGGAAAGUGUAAAUGUGUGUAUGUAUGUAGUUGUGCACACAGAUAUACGUGUGUGAUGAAGAGUAGCACCUAAUCUGUGGGGAGCGCUGUUAGCUUUAAAGCAGCAGAACUGGGAGACAAAAUGUUAGGUGGAGAAAUGGAGAUGAAUGGUCACAGUGGUGGGAGAGGUGAUAACAGAGACCGGGAAUUGGAGAGAGACAAAAAUGGAGCGUCCGAAAAAGAUGACUGAACGAGCAAAUGAGGAAGUCAUAUGGAUUACUGACGAGGAGUGGAGAGGGUCAGGUGGAGAAGGCUUGUUGGAGAGACCAUCAGACCUGAAGAUAAGAGAAAUGAGGAGAGAACAGGACCAGACUCUGAAAGGAAAGAGGGCUGAGCACGGUGAGCUGAAAAAAACAGGCUGAGACAUGAGGACGGACAGCCAGAGUGGGGGAGAGCUUGGGAAGCAAAGAAAACCUCUGCAGGCCACUGCCACGAGACCCAGAGAUAGUCAGAGAUACUGUGACGGAGAACCGAGGGGACCCAGGAAAUCUACAUGGUUGCCUACAAGAAGAGACUCUUUGAGACCCAUAGUACUUGCCCGGUGGGGCCCACGUGCUCAUAGGCAGCUUGCGGCUGGGAGGAAUGCUCUUUGUUUCAUUCGAGAUCCUUUUCUCGGGAUCCCAGGCUCAGUGUCAACAGCCUUCUAAGGCUUUUUCCUCUUGCUGCCUCCCCUGCAACAGGAGUUCCCUAUGAAGCCACUCUAGCAUCAUCCAGCCCAGGUGUUUGCCGGAAAAUGACGAUCAUGGGCUGCUGCUCCUGUGGGAAACCACUCCGCUGGCUCACAGGUUCUUCAUCAGCAGGAACCCCCUUUCUGUCUCUAAUAAACUCCCAAGGAUGGCCCGAGAUCCCCCUGGGACUGCAGAGAUCGAAUCUCUGAAAUCUGUUCCAGAUGGCGCCGAGAGACUGAAGGGAGAGUAGGUGAAAUCAUUACUCAUUUCAGACAAAGGUGGCCACACAUCUAACAAAUGAUGAAGAUUCAGAGGUUCAGAGAUUCAAACCCAGAUCUGCCUGACUCCAAGACCUAUACCAAGGAAGGCUCUGAAUCCUCUUAAGGUCAUAAACUUUAAGAAUCUGAGUGAGGUGCUUCACUCCAGAAAAUUGUACCUACGAGGCUAUGCUCGCAUAUGAUUAGUUCGGACUUAGGCAGCUGAGAGAAGACCAACUUUGCCCAAGAAGGUGUUCCGGACCUGAAAACCCAGGAUGGACUGGCAUCUGUCCCAGAAAUCACUGCAGGAGUCGUGAGGGGCCCUGGGUAUCACCAGCUUGAGCCAGUCCCUGGGCACCUUUGUCAUUGCCCGUAGUCAUCUUGGACCAUCAAUGAGGAGGGAGAUUGUCUCUUUGGAGAGGGAGUGGUUCUCUCCCUGCAACUUUAGGACAGAGCAGUGAUAACCACAGCAUGCCUCCUCCCAGAACGAAGGAGGGCGGGGACCACAGAGGCCGACCCUGGGAUCCCAGCGAGGAGGAGGCCCUCGAGAAAUGGGACUGGAAUUGUCCAGAGACACGACGCAUUUUCGAGGAUGCCUUUUUCCGUGACGAGGAUUAUAUACGUCAGGGUUCGGAGGAGUGCCAGAAGUUCUGGGCCUUCUUUGAACGCUUGCAGAGAUUCCAGAAUCUCAAGGUCACCAGUAAGGGGGAGAAAGCCCCGGCGCGUCCCCAGCACAGCAUCCCAGCCCUGGCUGACCUACCUCGCACUUACGACCCACGCUACCGCAUCAACCUCUCGAUUCUGGGCCCCGACACCCGGGACUCCCGGGGGCUAGCCAGGCAGCCCCCGGAGAGAGUGGCCGAGUUCCGCCGAGCCCUGCUGCACUACCUGGACUUUGGCCAGAGGCAGGCGUUCAGCCGGUUGGCCAAACUGCAGCGCGAGCGGGCGGCGCUUCCCAUCGCCCAGUACGGGAACCGCAUCCUGCAGACGCUGAAGGAGCACCAGGUGGUGGUCGUGGCCGGGGACACGGGCUGUGGCAAGUCCACCCAGGUGCCCCAGUACCUGCUGGCCGCUGGCUUCAGCCACGUGGCAUGCACCCAGCCCCGGCGGAUCGCCUGCAUCUCCCUGGCCAAGCGAGUCAGCUUCGAGAGCCUUAGUCAGUAUGGCUCACAGGUUGGCUACCAGAUCCGCUUUGAGAGUACGCGGACAGCGGCCACCAAGAUCGUGUUCCUGACAGUGGGGCUGCUCUUGCGGCAGAUCCAGCGGGAGCCCAGCCUGCCCCAGUACCAGGUCCUUAUAGUGGAUGAAGUCCACGAACGUCACCUCCACAACGACUUCCUCCUGGGCGUCCUCCGGCGCCUGCUACCCCAGCGGCCGGACCUCAAGGUCAUCCUCAUGUCAGCCACCAUCAACAUCUCGCUCUUCUCCAGCUACUUUGGCAAUGCCCCGGUGGUACAGGUGCCCGGGAGGCUGUUCCCCAUCACGGUCGUGUACCAGCCACAGGAGGCCGAGCCACCAGCGUCCAAGUCUGAGAAGCUGGACCCCCGGCCUUUCCUCAGGGUGCUGGAGGCCAUUGACAACAAGUACCCCCCCGAGGAGCGGGGCGAUGUCCUCGUCUUCCUCAGCGGCAUGGCAGAGAUCAGCUCGGUCCUGGAGGCCGCCCAGGCGUACGCCGGCCGCACCCAGCGCUGGGUAGUGCUGCCGCUGCACAGCGCCCUCUCCGUGGCCGACCAGGACAAGGUAUUCGAUGUGGCCCCCCCUGGAGUUCGGAAAUGCAUCCUCUCCACCAACAUUGCUGAGACUUCUGUCACCAUUGAUGGGAUCCGCUUUGUUGUCGAUUCUGGGAAGGUGAAGGAGAUGGGCUACGACCCGCAGGCCAAGCUGCACCGGCUGCAGGAGUUCUGGAUCAGUCAGGCCAGUGCCGAGCAGCGCAAGGGCCGGGCCGGCCGCACGGGCCCUGGCGUCUGCUUCCGGCUCUAUGCUGAGUCUGACUACGACGCCUUCGCCCCCUACCCCGUCCCGGAGAUUCGGAGGGUAGCGCUGGACGCGCUGGUGCUGCAGAUGAAAAGCAUGAGCAUGGGGGACCCGCGAACCUUCCCUUUCAUUGAGCCUCCGCCACCAGCCAGCCUCGAAACGGCCAUCCUCUACCUCCGGGACCAGGGGGCCCUGGACAGCUCCGAGGCCCUCACCCCCAUCGGAUCCCUGCUGGCCCAGCUGCCUGUGGAUGUCGUGAUUGGGAAGAUGCUGAUCCUGGGCUGCAUGUUCCACCUGGCGGAGCCCGUGCUCACCAUCGCGGCUACUCUCAGCGUCCAGUCACCCUUCACCCGCAGCGCCCAGAGCCACCCGGAGUGUGCAGCGGCACGGCGGCCCCUGGAGAGUGACCACGGGGACCCCUUCACGCUCUUCAACAUCUUCAACGCCUGGGUGCAGGUGAAAUCUGAGCGGAGCAGAAACUCACGCAAGUGGUGCCGCCGCCGGGGUGUAGAGGAGCACCGGCUGUACGAGAUGGCCAACCUGCGGCGCCAGUUCAAGGAGCUGUUGGAGGACCACGGGCUGCUGGCCCGGGCACAGGCCACGACACCAGGCGACAGCUCGCGCCGGCUGCAGGAGCGCCGGGAACGCAGGGAGCUGUACCGUCUGAAACGCCAACAUGAGGAGGGUGGGGGGCGGCGGCGCAAGGUGCUGCGACUGCAGGAGGGUGUGGACGGCGGCUCCAGCGACGAGGACCGGGGGGCUGGUGAUGGCGUGGACAUCCAGGAUGUGAAAUUUCAGCUGCGGCACAGCCUGGGUCAGCUACAGGCGGCCACCAGCUCGGCCCAAGACCUGACACGGGACCAGAUGGUGCUGCUGAAGCUGGUACUGGGCCGGGGCCUCUACCCGCAGCUCGCCGUCCCGGACCCGUUCAACAGCAGCCGCAAGGACUCGGACCAGAUCUUCCACACGCAGUCCAAGCAGGGGACCGUGCUGCACCCCACCUGCAUCUUUGCCAACAGCCCGGAGGUACUGCACACGCAGGAGCAGGCGGCCAGGGGCGGCGAAGCCAGCCGAGAUGACAAGGACAAGGUGAGCAGCAGGCACCAGCUCCUCGUCUUCGUCUCGCUGCUGGAGACCAACAAGCCCUACCUGGUGAACUGCGUCCGUGUCCCUGCUCUGCAGUCCCUCCUGCUCUUCAGCCGGUCCCUAGACACCAACGGUGACUGCUCGCGCGUGGUGGCUGACGGCUGGCUGGAGCUCCAGCUUGCAGACAGUGAGAGCGCGCUCCGGCUUCUGGCAGCUUCUGUGCGGCUCCGGACCCAAUGGGAAAGCAUCCUGGACCGGCAGCUGGCCCAUCAGGCCCAGAGGCAGCGGCCAGAGGUGGACGAAGGGGAGGACGCGGCGGCUCCGGGGGACCGCAGGGAGGUGGCAGACCUGAGCCGGGACCUGCUGCGGUUCGUGGCAUCUGAGGUUCCCUACAGCCUCCGGCGGCUCACAGGGCUGGAAGUCCAGAACCUAUAUGUGGGACCCCAGACCAUCACCACUGCCCCCAGUCUCCCGGGCCUCUUUGGCAGCUCUACCCUCUCCCCCCACCCCACCAAAGGGGGCUACGCAGUCGCUGACUUUCUCACCUACAACUGCCUUGCGAGUGACACGGACCUGUACAGUGACUGUCUCCGCACCUUUUGGACCUGCCCCCACUGCGGCCUGCACCUGCCCUUGACGCCCUUGGAGCGCAUCGCCCACGAGAACACGUGCCCCGAGGCCCCGCAGGACGGCCCGCCAGGGACAGAGGAAGCCACCCCCGAACCCGUCCAGAAGACGUCUGCCCUGCAGAGGCCCUACCACUGCGAGGCCUGCCAGAAGGACUUUCUGUUCACGCCCACAGAGGUGCUGCGCCACAGGAGGCAGCACGUGUAAGUGGGGCCAGGAGCCCCACCUAUCACCCUGUCACCCCCACGGGGCUCCGGGACUCCUGCCCGAACCGCAGCCUGGGCUCAGUGCUCUGGUUGGGCUGGCCUGGCACAGAGAGGAGUGUGAACAUGCGAAUAAAGUCUCUUGUGUGGCCUCUGC